AUGUAUCAUAGUAGUCUAGUAAAUCAACUUCCAAGUAAAUCCGUAAAAUGGGAUACUAAGUCUUCUACAUCAAAAUGUUCAAAUUAAUCAAAAUUUUCAUCUAGCUUUUUGUAUGAUAGAAGUGUAAGUGAUGUAAAGAGUGUUCAGAGCUCAGUUACCUAAUCAGUAAAAUCUAAGCCAUAUAAACCAUUAAAAUCCAAAAGAGUUCACAAUUAAGCAAUAUAAGAAGAGUUGAGAAACGUUUAUGAAAAGUAUAACACAAAGGAAAUAGAUGAAGUCUAACUAAAAAAUGAAUUGAAGCAUAAAUUAUAUAUUAAAUUGAAUGAUGAUGAUCUUGAUAGAAUGAUAAGAAACAAUGAGUUUAAUUAUAAAUCACUAAUUAAAAUCUGUGAAAAAGAUUAUACUAAAUCUAACUAGCCUAUUACAACCAAUUAAGAAUAUUUCUAAAAGUAAAAUGAAGCACAGGUAUAACAUUCUUAAAAUCUUUGGUAAUAUAGAAGAUCUUAGGAAAAGCAGAAAGGUGAAUUAAGAGUAGAUGAUUACGAGCAGAAAAAAAUAGAUGAUUAUAAAGAAUAUCUAAAGAAAUAUUAGUCUCCUGUAAGGUUUGAUGCUUUAAAUAAAGUAGAUUAAUUCUCUAAGGGACUAUAAAAUAAAGAAGAACUAUUGAAAGAUUUGUAAAGAUAUGAAUUAGACUUAAAAGAAAUUAAAGAUUCUAAAGUAAGAGCUGAAUAAAAUAUAGAAUCAACUUAUAUUAAGAAUAAAAUAUUGCAUUAGUUUUAAUAAUAAGACUUAUCUAGCAUUAAAUAUUCACCAGCAAAGAAUCCUAAAUAAUUUGUAGAGAACACUUCAUCACUUUUUAAGCCUUUUAAUGAAGCAGAUAAUAUCAAGCCAAAGAUCAAAAACACUUAAGAUGAUGAGAAUAAAGCUAUAUUUAGUAGCAAUGGUAUAGUAAAAUUAAGAACUUUAGGAAAUGGAUAGUUUUGUGAAAAUGCAAGAGACAAUGGAAAUAUAAUUACUUGGCAUACUUCUUAAGAAGAUUAUGUCAGAAUUAAUAAAUAAAAAUAAUAGGAAGUAGAAAAAAAUAGGUUAAGAAAAAUGAAGAGUUGUGAAUUUUUCCAUUCAGGAUUAGAAAGUGUUAAUAAUUAGCUUGUACCUUCUGUGAAAAAAAAUCCUUAUUAAAACGAAAACUAAAAAUACGAUUAAUUAUAAGAAAAAGUUGUAUAAUAAUUUAAAUAGACAGGUUAAAUUGAUAAAUCAGUAAUAGGAGAUAUUAAAAAGUAGUAAGAGAGGUGUUUUGUUUAUGAUGAUUAUGUCACUCCAGUCAAAAUAAAUUACUCUCAUAGAUAUAAAAAUAAUUAUUAAGGGGUGAAUAUUAUAACUUGGCAGUGA